AUGCUGUGCAAGAAUACCAUGGCCUCCCUUGUCUUCCUUGUGGCGCUGCUGCUCUCAUGCAGCUCCAUGAGCAGUGCAGCACGGCACCUAGAGGAGGCUGUGCCUAAGAAGCAGUAUCCACCACAUCCGAUCGUCCCAGAGCUACCAAAGCCCGAACUCUCGCCGCACCCUGCCGUGCCCGAGCUGCCGAAGCCUGAACCACCGCACCCUCUAGUGCCCGAAGUGCCACACCCCAUGGUGCCGGAGACGCCAAAGGAGCCUGAAGUGUCACACCCCAUGGUGCCGGAGGUGCCAAAGCACGAGCUGCCACCGCACCCUGCUAUGCCCGAGCUCCUGAAGCCUGAACUGCCGCAUCCGGCUGUCCCGGAGACGCCAAAGGAAGUGCCACAUCCCAAGGUGCCGGAGGUGCCAAAGCACGACCUGCCACCGCACCCUGCUAUGCCCGAGAUCCCGAAGCCCGAACUGCCGCAUCCGAUUGUGCCUGCGGUGCCAAAGGAGACUCAAGCGCCACACUCAAUCGUUCCGGAGGUGCCAAAGGAGCACGAUCUGCCACACCCUGUCGUGCCGGAGGUGCCAAAGGAACACGAACUGCCGCACCCUAUCGUGCCGGAGGUGCCAAAGGAGCCAGAAGUGCCACACCCCGUCGUGCCAGAGGUGACAAAGGAACCAAAAGCGCCACACCCUGUCAUGCCAGAGGUACCAAAGGAGCACGAGUUGCCGCACCCUGCCAUGCAAGAGUUGCCGAAGCCUGAAAUGCCACACCAUGCCGUGCCAGAGGUGCCAAAGGAGCCCCAUGUGUCGCACCCUGAGGUGCCGAAAGAGCCCGAGUUACCGCACCUUGCUGUGCCAGAGGUCCCGAAGCACGAAAUGCCACCGUUCCCCAAAGCUGAGCUGCCCCCAAAGCCUGAAUUCCACUUUCCGGAUCCUGAGGCCAAGCCAUGA